GCGUACGUUCAGCGGUUUGGACAAUCUAGAAAUCUUACAUUUACAGAAUAACAAUCUUGUUAACAUUGACUGGGAUGCUUUUUCACAUAUGAAAAAUCUUCGGAUUCUAGAUUUAGGUUCAGGUCAUAAUCGAUUAUCGAAAGUUGUUUUACGAGCAUUGGAUAGUUUGGAAAAGCUGUAUAUUAACAACAACAGUAUUCAGUCGCUGUCAAAUGUGAGCCUACGUGGACUACGUAAUUUGAAUGUGCUUUACCUUGACAGGAAUUGCAUAACGCAAAUAAUGAGCGGUGAUUUACAUUCAUUAGGCGAAAGCGGAAGGUAUGUUAUAUACUUCUGAUU